GCCCCGUACCUCAGCGCGCCGCCGCCCGCCGGGCGCGGGCCCGACGCCCGCCGAGAUGGAUGAACAAGAGGCCUUGAAAUCCAUCAUGAAGGACCUGGUAGCACUCCAGAUGAGCCGACGUCACAGACUGCCUGGAUAUGAUACCAUGAAGAAUAAAGACACUGCUCACUCCAACAAACAGAAAAAACACAAUGCCAGCAGUCCACCUCUCUUGGGCAGCCCUGCAAUAACAAACCAGUGUGCCUCUGCAGUGGAAGAAAAAAAAAUUCCGAAUGAUGUAAGGAUAAAGUUUGAACAUAACGGGGAAAGACGAAUUAUCCCAUUUGUCCGUCCCGUGCGCUAUGAAGAUGUGCAACAGAAAGUGAAAACAGCCUUUGGCCAGCCACUGGACCUCCACUACAUGAACAAUGAGCUAUCUAUUCCUUUGAAAAAUCAAGAUGACCUGGAUAAAGCAGUAGAUCUCUUAGACCGAAGCUCUAAUGUGAAAAGCCUUAGAAUAUUAUUGCUGUCUCAGGACAGAAACCAUACCAGUUCUUCACCCCAUUCUGGACUGCCCAAACAAGUCAGGAUUAAAACUUCCCAGUCUGUGGGGGAUGUGAGCACACCCUAUCAGCAGCCAGAACCCAGAAGUAGGCAUCUGUCUGUCAGUUCCCAGAACACAGGCCGAAGUUCACCACCUCCUGGGUAUGUUCCAGAGAGGCAACAACGCAUUGCUCGGCAGGGUUCCUACACCAGCAUAAAUAGUGAAGGCGAAUUCAUCCCAGAAACCAAUGAACAGUGUAUGCUGGACCCUUUAAGCAGUGCUGAAAACUCGGUGUCAGGAAGCUGUCAGUCCUUGGACAGGUCAGCAGACAGUCCUUCUUUUCGGAAGUCACGGAUGUCAAGGGCGCAAAGCUUUCCUGAUAAUAGGCAGGAGUUCUCAGACCGCGAGAAUCAGAUCUAUGACAAAGCGGGGAAAGGUGGGACCUACCCUCGGCGCUACAACGUCUCCAUGCAGCACAAAGACUACAACGAUGGCCGGAGGACAUUUCCCCGGAUACGGCGUCACCAAGGGAAUCUUUUCACCUUGGUCCCUUCAAGUCGUUCCUUAAGCACCAACGGAGAAAACCUGGGCCUGGCGUUGCAGUACCUGGACCCCCGGGGGCGCCUGCGGAGUGCCGACAGCGAAAAUGCCCUUGGUGUGCAGGAGAGGAACAUUCCCACCAAAUCUCCGAGUGCUCCAAUAAACUGGCGACGAGGAAAACUGUUGGGCCAGGGUGCCUUUGGUCGUGUGUAUUUGUGCUAUGAUGUGGACACGGGCAGAGAGCUUGCAGCUAAGCAGGUCCAGUUUGAUCCAGAGAGUCCUGAAACAAGCAAGGAAGUGAGUGCCCUGGAGUGUGAAAUUCAGCUGCUGAAGAAUCUCCAGCACGAACGUAUUGUUCAGUAUUACGGCUGCUUACGGGAUCGAGCAGAGAAGACCUUAACCAUCUUCAUGGAGUACAUGCCAGGGGGGUCAGUGAAAGACCAGCUGAAGGCAUAUGGUGCUCUCACGGAAAAUGUAACCCGGAAAUACACCCGCCAGAUUCUCGAGGGAGUCUCAUACCUUCACAGCAACAUGAUUGUGCACAGGGACAUAAAGGGAGCCAAUAUUCUCCGUGACUCUGCUGGGAAUGUGAAGCUUGGGGACUUUGGGGCCAGCAAACGGCUGCAGACAAUCUGUAUGUCUGGAACAGGCAUCCGCUCUGUCACUGGCACGCCAUAUUGGAUGAGCCCAGAGGUGAUCAGCGGAGAAGGCUAUGGAAGAAAAGCAGACGUAUGGAGCCUCGGUUGUACUGUUGUGGAAAUGCUGACAGAGAAACCACCCUGGGCAGAGUACGAAGCCAUGGCAGCCAUUUUCAAAAUCGCCACCCAACCAACCAACCCCCAGCUCCCCUCCCACAUAUCAGAACAUUGCCGGGACUUUCUAAAGCAGAUCUUUGUGGAAGCCAGGCACAGACCCUCUGCUGAAGAGCUGCUCAGACAUCAGUUUGCACAGCUCCAGUACUGAAUUACCUCCCUUGCUAGCAGCUCCUGCUGGGCUUUCGGUGCCCCGUCUGGUCUAGUUGCAACUGCCCGUUGUGGUGCUGCAUCUUCAAAAUGCCAACUCAGCUGUCCUAGUCCUUUGGGGAAAUUAUGCCAAGGAACCUAGGGUCUGCUCUUGUGCCUGAUACCUUUGUUUGCUGGACUAAUGUUUAUUCUACCGACAGCUGUCCAAACAGAGCUGCAUUUUUGCCCUAGUUACCUUGAUGUGAAAUUGCAGCUGGCUGCAUGUUUUCUGCAGGCCCAAGAAUGGGAAUAUAAGAAGUGUCUCACUGGUUGAACAUAGAAGAAAUCUGAACCAAAGUGGGAACUGGAAGAGCUACACUCUUCAGAACAGAAACGUGCAACAGCCAUCCAGACCAGCUCUCUACACGUGGGUCACUGUUUUCCAGACUGCUAGGGCUUUAGAGGCAUCUAUAGUACAUGAAUCCAGCAAAAAGCCAUGUGUCAUUGAGCAUGCGCUCGCUAUAUAAUUAUAUAUUUUUCUUCUUAAGUAUUCAGCAUCUGAAGGUGUUCAGAAAAUAUUGAUUCAAAAGUAUGUGAAUAGUGUUAUUUUAUAAUGAAACCAUGGAUUUUGGGGUGGGGGUGAGGGAGGUCUUUCUAGCUAAAUGUCAGGAUAAUCAGAAAAGUUUCAGCAGAAUGCAAUCACUCCAGGGCCUAAGAUAAGGGCUCUCCCACUGACAUGCGAAAAUCCAGAGCUUGAUUUCCAAGGCUUGAUCUGUCCUAGCAUUAAGACAGUGUCGGUUAGUGUGUGUCCUCAUAGCCAACACAACUCUGCUCCUGCUUCAUCUCCCUGGGACUGCUGAGUCUAAACAAAACCCUUCUGGAAGGGAGUUCUGUGGAACAGCUUUCUGUUGCACGUAUCUUUUUGGCUGGUAACUUUUUACUAUCCUUUAUACCGAAGAUAGUUCAUCUGGUGCCCAGGAAUUUACUUCAGGAAAAGCUUAUGUGUUUCUUUGAGGACCUGGCCUAAUGGAAAAUUGAGUUUUUCACAGGGAGAAUUUGCUGGACACUAGUUUUACUUGUGCACAGUAAGUUAGAAUCAAGCUCAACCCUUCAGUGUGUGUGUUUUGUUUUACAAGUGUGCAAGUGUUCAUUUAAGACUUCCGUAAAAUGUUAUGGCCGUAUUUAAAUAAGCUUUUGUACGAGUUAAUUCAAACAGUGAACCAGAGAGAAUAUUUGUAAUGCUAGCAUAUUUCUAAAAUUAACUGGAGAUCCCCAUGCAGGUACCAGCAAAAUGUAUCCAAGUGAUUUUGCAUUUGAAAGGUACCACAUCUCUGAGAACUGAGUUCCUGAUGGCUUACUGGCCUCAAAUACUGUAUGUUGAUUUGGGCACUAAUAGUCCUUUUUUCACUCAUAAAAGACCAGCAGUUUUUAAGUGCUGGGGAUUCAUGGAGUAAUUAUAAGUUAUCUGUGUGAAAUGAAACUAAGAAAAGCAAAUGUAUUAUUAGCUAAAAUACUGCUUUAUAGAGCAAUGCUAAAGGUGUUCUGCUCUUGUAUUGGAAACCAUAUUAAGGCUCCACAUACCUCCCCUCUUCUCCCCCAUAAAAACUUGAAAAUUGCUUUCAUAAUGCAGUAAAAUUAACAGGUUUUAAGUGAAUGCUAAUAGCAGGAUAAGGCAAGUUUUAAUGAAACCAAGCUCCUUGAAUCCAUGAUAAAUACUGUGUUGAAUUAAAAGAGGAAAAAAAGAACCCCAAAAACCCCCAAACAACCAAAAGCCCUGAAAGGGUUUAAGAAUCUGAAGUGUUUUUUCUGUGCCAAACUCAGAGCAACGUGUAAGCAGUGAAAGCAAGCUAGUGUUGGUUUCACUUUCAGGCUGUCCUGCACUACUACGAGGAUGCACUGUUAAGGUUGCAGGCACUUAGGGGGAUAUCUUUUAUGAAAGCCCUUGUUCCAUAAUUUAUUUAAUUCUAGUGAGAGCACUUCUAUUGAUGUUUUCCAAACCUGGAACUUGACUCCAAAUUGUCAAGACAUGUGGCCUGAUUUUUGGCCUGCACUUCACUGUCGCUUGCACCGAAGGGACGCGAGGGCAUGACACUUCUACUCUGUUUUAGGGAGCGUUUUACACCACUUCGCUGCGGUGUAAAUGGCUGCGUAUGCUGCAGAGGAAUGUGAAAUCAUUCCUGUAGUCUUGAUGACAGAAGUAGGGUGGUCAGCACUCCUGUGGGGCCCGGUAGCACUCUUCAGGCCUUGCAACUAGCACCUAAAUAUACCAAAGAUUGGAAUCUUUUAUUCAUCACACUUUACCCUGCAGACGUACAGCAGCAAUCAAGAGUGCAGUGAUCCUGUCUGCAUAGGUUUCUCUCUACCCUUGGCUUGUCCUCACCAAAUUGAGACCACCUUCCCUGGUCUUUCCUUGCUAUCCCACGUUGUGUUUUGGGAGAGAAUAGGGCAUGAGGAAAUGGUGUAACUUUUAACAUUUCAAAGCAACUAAAUCCUCAGGAUCUGUUGUGGCUUUUACCUCAUAUGCGUCAUGGAAGGCUGUUCCAGAGCAGAGCAAAGAGCAUGAUGGACUGAUGGGCUCAGUCCUCUCCCUGCCAGAGCUUCUGGUCCUUCCCACCACCUAUGCUGAAAUGUGCCUACUCUGUGUAUACACUUGUAUUCCGGUCUGUAUUAAUGAAAGCAAAUAGCAGUUGUACAGUGACAGAGAACAUGGGGUGCCAGCUUGGACUUCUUGUAUUCCAGUACCUGACCCAAUGCCACCCGUUCGGCACAGGAACAAGCCAAAGCAUUACUUGUAUGUUUGGAGAUGCACUUUUAUGAAUGUAGUUUAUAUCGCUCUUUUUUAGCUCUUUUUACAUCAUGUAAACGGUGAUGCCUCAUACUUUUUUUUUUUUAUUUAUAUCGUAAAAGAUCAUAUUUGGUGAUUUUUAUAUAUAUCGACGCGACUGUUACGGGGUAGGGGGGAGGAUGGGAAAUAAAUUUGACGCCUUUAUGAAUUUUAAAAGGAAAAAAAGCAGCUGGUUUUGCAGAGAAUUUGCUGAUGGUUUAUAACGAGUAGAGCCAAGCCAAAAUGCGUUCUUUGUUUCCUCACAGCCCUCUUGAUCAUGGAAAAGGAAGAUCUGGAUUCAUAAGUCCACUGCUACGGUGAAUAAGCUUGGGGCUGACACUUAUACUACAAUCUCUUAACACGGCCCUGGCAGCAAAAAUGUUUCAAGUGGACAUAAAUGUAAUUAUACCUCUAAAUUGAAUUACAUCUGGCCUCUUUAUCCUGGCAGAAUUGGAAAAAACUGGGAAUAAACUCAUUUAGGGGAGAGUGGAGGAGGAGUGCCAGGCUAACAAUAAGCUAUUGUGUCUGUUCCAAAUGUCAUGUUGUGUUUUCUGCUAUUCCUUCCAGGGAGGGAUAUAUAGUGAAUAAUGAGUAUUGGGAUCCUUCAUGGAAGGUGCUACAGAAAUGGAGAAUAUUCUGUUUGAAGAAAAAUAUCUUGUAGGAGUCCCAUUAUACUGAAAUAAUUGAACCUGAGCAGGAAGAUGUCCGAGAUUCCCAUCAGAGAGGAACUUGGGGGAAUGGGAGAUUUGGCUGUCCCUGAGCUUGUUAGGAAACAAACUAUUGGCAUUUUGGCCUCGGUGUGACGAUUCUGUGCAUUCCAGGUUAUUUGCUUGUUCUCCAGUAAAUACGAUCGUUGCCUAUUCUAGUGGCAGUAGGUUGCAGCAAUUUGGAUUUUUCUCAUAUUCUUUGAGUAGUAUUCUAAAGGACGUGAAGAUGCUCCAAACAGUUCCCUUUGCCAUUAAUUACCAAAACAAAUUGACCGAGAGGGAAAUUGGUACCUGCUCGGGUGACACGUUAUUUCCAAGAGCCAGGAUAACUUGUGAAACCUCAGUAAAUAUAUACAUCCCUGCUGUACGCGCUUUCUCUGGUGGGCAAAGGCCAGAUACUUAGAGCUGUACAGGGGGGCUGAAUGAGAUCCCAGUGAUUGGCGCUUAGGUUAAUAGCUGCUGGAUGGAAAGGUUUUAUAUAUUUGAAUAUGUACAGUCCUGUGGCUGUCACCUUGGUACCUGCCCUUGGAGCUGGGAGUGUUCAGUCUGUCUUUAAUUUUCAGAAUAAAAUAGAUGUCCUCUGUGGUUUAACGGUGUUUGGGCUUCAGGUCUUUAAACCCCAGCCUUGUUUAGGAGCAAAUCUCACUGAGCAGCUCUGAAUUUCCCAGUUAGAAAAGGUAGAUGUGCCUAGGGGGCAGUUCAGAAAUGAGGAAAAGGACUUUAUUGUCUGCCAAUACCUGUCUGACAUAAACUGUGCAGAGCAGGGAGAAAUUGCUUUAACCUGGAUUGUGCAGAAGACCUUGAACCAGUAGUCUAUAUAUACCGACCGGGGGCUUGCAGUGCAAAGCCAGGCCAAUGUAUCGUUUUAUUUACAAUAAAAUUAUCAUUUAU